GGUGAGAGACCAUUACUCAAACCUUUAAUUACAGGUCUCUAGGACCCGAACCGCUGCAUAAUGUAGAUAGCUGCACUUACAGUGGGUCUAACCAGUAUAAAUGCACACGGGACUAGGACAUAGGCUCAAUAUAUAUACAUAUGGGUCAAUAAUCGACAUGCACUGGCACACUUCUUCUGCCUGGAUUUGGACUCUGCAGAAUGGCAGGCUCUAUGAGCUAAGCAGUUAGGCUAUAGUCUGAACAGUCAAGUGACAUACAUUUGAGUUGCGAAAGACAUUUAGGUCACAGUUACAUUAUUGUUAUACUAUAAAUAGAUCUAGUGUAACUGAAUAAAUUGUGAGAAAUAACAUUUUGUUUUAGUUUUGGAGAGGUCUUACGACCAAGCUUAGGGCCGUUUUCAUUUGUCACUUCGGCCUCUGCACUAGGGCUGUUGACAUCCAUCUUUGCCUCUGUUUAAAUCCGCCGUAAUAGAUGCAGUUUCAUUUGUGACCACAGUGGGGCAUACCACGAGCAAUGCGUCCAGCUGUGCUUUUCAUUUACAUCUCUGAUAAGGAUUAUACUUUCCCUGUUUUUUUUUUUACUAUUCUAAAGGUAUGUUGGUUGCAGGUAUUUCCAAGUAACAGACAAUACAACUGACAGACUCACAUGAACAAACACCAAUAGGCUACAGAAAGGGGUGAUGCGAAUCACAAAUUAAGCGUGUGUAAAUAGGGCCUGUAAAGGUGAUAAAAUGCUUGUAAAUGUGGUUGUUGGCAGUAUGCAAACGAGCUCCAUGUCAAUCAAAGAAAUCACUGUUUGUAGGAGGAGCUCAUUCUAUCAAUAUCCCUGUGUGCAGCGAACCCUAUAUUGUUUUUCAGUCGGGAUAUCAGCUGCGCAGAUAAAUGCAGUUCAGGGGACUUUUUACUGUCAAACUCCGGAGGGUGACUGUCACUUUUCCUUUGAGACUCGAUAAAUACCAAUUGGUCCGUGAUUCAUCAGAGUUCUGGCUCUCUGUUUGGCUAGAACAUCGCUAGACUAUUAUUCAUGCGCACAUCCUAUCGUCUUGCGUUGGUGGAAGCAGGGGCGAGACAAAGAAAAUCAUUGGUCCCGUUUCGUUGAUAAUUUUUUUUCUCACUGGCUGCGAUCUGUCUUGGGUCCUCACGAGUUGGCAGAUACACCUACAGCGCUGUCUCGGGCGCACGUUUCUCCAGCGAAGCACCCCAGCGGCGGACAGUGGGAGCUGCGCUCUCAAUAUGCGCUCGCAGCUCGGAGGGAGAGGACCGACAGUGCACGAGGCAGCAUCAGCAUCAGUCCCGAGGAUGGAUUGCGUUCUGUGCGGCAGUUUGUAUACACUGAGGAGACCUUAAAAACAUGGGGGGAAAUGAAGAAAGUAGAUAAGUCAAUCCAAUCUCCGAAGGUCGUAUGAACUGGGGAACAUCAUUUCGGUGUUCAUUGUGCCAAGAAAGUUGGUCUGAGCGCUCGCAUGCGUUUUCCUGCCGUUGCGGUGGCUGGACACUUCUGAGCUUUGUCCGUAUGCAGCAGUCAGACGCAUCUAUGACUGUUUUCGGCUCUCGCCGCCGGAGCUGAGACUCUGGUAAACGGUUUAGUUUCCCCUGUUGCGUUCCAACCAAACGUCAUAUUCAGCAGAAUAUGUCUUUGGAUGACAAACGUGGAAAGGGCUUAUCAUUCACACAAAUGGGAAUUGAGGACAACAAUAUGAGAAACGGCAGAGGCCUGUCGGAUCAAUGGGCUGACACCGUUGUGGUCCGACCCAGGACAACCGACCGGAACAUUACCGUCCACAAAAAACUGGUCCUGGGAUUCGCCAUCUCCAUCCUCACGCUCAUCAUUGUCACGGCAAUCGCCGUGCUUCUCAGCGUCAGCUUUGAGGAUUGUACCGUGGCGGAGAGUAGCUUGCGGGCCGGGAACGGCUCCAGCACCAAACCCAAUCAGUCCCAGGGCGGUAAUCCUAACCACAAGGAUGAGGACACUCAGCCUUGGAGACAUCACCGGCUGCCCACGUCGUUGCGUCCCCGGCAUUAUGACCUCAAACUGUCCGUGUACAUGGAUAACUUCACUUUCUCGGGCGAAGUUAAUAUUGAAUUCGAGUGCGUUAACUCCACCAAGUUCAUCGUUCUGCACACGGACAGACUGGAAGUGGAGAAAGUGGUGGUGUAUUCGGACAACAAAAAGCCGGGCGUCAUGCGCAUCCACCGGCAGUUCCACUACCCGUCCAACCAGGUUUAUGUCAUCGCCUUGCACAGGGAGAUGAAGCCGCAGAGAACCUAUAAAGUCAACAUUACUUUUGAAGCACAAAUAGAAAACGAACUUCUGGGAUUUUUCCGCAGCUCUUAUGUGUUGAACGGAGAGAAAAGGUAUCUUGCGGUGACUCAGUUUUCCCCGACCCACGCCAGAAAAGCCUUCCCGUGUUUUGACGAGCCCAUCUACAAGGCCACCUUCCGGAUUAGUCUGAAGCACGAAGCCACGUACCUGUCCCUCUCCAACAUGCCCGUGGAGAACUCCAUCACCGAUGACGACGGGUGGGUGACGAACUACUUCUCCAGGACCCCGCGCAUGUCCACGUACUACCUGGCCUGGACGGUGUGCAACUUCACCUAUAAGGAGGCCCUCACGGAUAGCGGAGUUCUGAUCCGUCUUUAUGCCCGGCCGAACGCCAUCUCGAGCGGAUCGGGGGACUACGCACUCCAGAUUACAAAGAGACUCCUGCAGUUUUACGAGGAUUACUUCAAAGUCAAAUACUCCCUGCCCAAAUUAGAUCUGCUGGCUGUCCCUAAGCACCCGUACGCUGCGAUGGAGAACUGGGGACUCAGUGUGUUUGUGGAGCAGAAGAUCCUACUGGACCCCGAGGUCUCGUCUUUCUCCUACCAGAUGGAGCUGACCAUGGUGGUGGUGCAUGAGAUCUGCCAUCAGUGGUUCGGGGAUCUCGUCACACCGGUGUGGUGGGAGGAUGUGUGGCUGAAGGAAGGCUUUGCUCACUUCUUUGAGUAUGUCGGAACCGACUUCCUCUUCCCCAAGUGGAACAUGGAGAAGCAGCGUUUCUUGACGGAUGUUCUCCAUGAAGUGAUGCUGUUGGACGGUCUGGCUAGCUCUCACCCCAUCUCCCAGGAAGUGUACGAGGCCACCGACAUCGACCGGGUCUUCGACUGGAUUGCCUACAAAAAGGGAGCGGCGCUGAUCCGGAUGCUGGCCAAUGUCAUGGGUCAGUCCGUCUUCCAGAGGGGCCUGAAUGAUUAUUUGAUGACACACAUGUAUGGUAACGCGGCGAGGGACGACCUGUGGAACAAGCUCUCUGAGGCCAUGCAGAGGGAAGGCAAAGACAUCAACAUCAAGGAGGUGAUGGACCGCUGGACGCUGCAGAUGGGCUACCCAGUGGUCACCAUUAGCAAGAACGAAAGCCUGGACAAUGCCGUCACCGUCACCCAGGAGCACUUUGUCUACGACAUGGACGCCAAGAUACGAGACCCAGAGCUCUUCAACCGAAGCUUCCUGUGGCACAUCCCUUUAACAGUAGCUGUGGGCAACUCCACUCACAUAUCCCCUGAAGCCAUCAUCUGGGUCUCCAAUAAAACAGAGACGCACAAAGUGGGCCAGAUGGAUGAGGAGACGUGGUUGCUUGGCAACAUCAAUCAGAUGGGCUACUUCAGGGUGAACUACGACCUCCACAACUGGAGGCUGCUGAUGGAGCAGCUCAUGAACAACCACGCGGUAAUCUCCAUUGGGAACCGGGCCGGCCUCAUCGAUGACGUCUUUAACCUGGCCAGGGCUGGGUUCCUGCCCCAGAACGUCCCCCUGCAGAUGAUCUGCUACCUGCCCCAGGAGAAGGAGUUCCUGCCCUGGCACGCGUCCAGCCGUGCCCUCUACCAGCUGGACAAGCUCCUGGACCGCACGGAGGACUACAGCCUCUUUAGUGACUAUGUACUGAAGCAAGUGGCUCCCAAGUACCAUAAGCUGGGGUGGCCGACGACUUCUCCUGACGGUUCCUUCAUGCAGUCUGCUUAUCAGGCUGAAGAGCUCCAACGGGAGGUGAUCAUGCUGGCGUGUAGUUUCGGGAACAAACACUGCCAUCGCCAGGCUGUGUCUCUCAUCUCCGACUGGAUCUCCAGCAACAAGAACAGGAUCCCACCUAACGUGCGGGACAUCGUGUACUGCACCGGCGUCUCGCUCAUGGACGAGGAUGUGUGGGAGUUCAUCUGGAUGAAGUUCCACUCCUCCACCGCCAUCUCUGAGAAAAAGGUUCUCCUGGAGGCCCUGACCUGCAGCGACAACAGCUUCCUUCUCAACAGGCUGCUGAACCUUUCUCUGACUUCAGACCUGGUGCCAGACCAGGACGUCAUCGACGUGAUCAUAGGCGUGGGGAGGAAUCCGCACGGGCGUCACCUAGCAUGGAGGUACUUCCGAGACAAGUGGGACACACUAAAUGCCAGGUAUGGCGAGGCCUUAUUCAUGAUUUCCAAACUAAUCAGCGGAGUGACGGAGUUCCUGAACACCGAGGCCGAGCUCUCUGAGCUGAAAGACUUCAUCCAGACCAGCAGUGGUGGAGGGGCGGUGGCAGCGUUUGCCCGUGCCGUGGAGAUGGUGGAAGCCAACGUCAAGUGGCAUCGGCUCUACGAGCGCCAGUUUUAUCAGUGGCUGCGCAAGUCCCCCAACGGUUAACACACAGUGGUCGAGACCUAUUUAUAGCAUGGUAUAUCUCCAAAGUAUUUAUAGGCCAAUACAACAAGUGGCAAAAAGGAAUCAAUUUGGGACAGAAAAUAGAUGAUUAUGACUUGUACCUCCCCUAACCCC